AUGGAGAUCCGCGACGUUAUAGAUGAGGAUGAAGCUGGUCUGGGUGGCAGGGGUGGCGAGGUGGGGCUGCCGCCGGAGCUGUGGCAGUGCGUGUUCGAUUGGGUGGACACGUGGAAGGGUCUGGGCAGCGUGAGUCGCGUGUGCCGUGCCUUUCACGACCUCGCCCUCCUGCAGAUCAAGCGACGACGUCUCGCCUUCGAGACGCGGCUGGCCGAGGGAGACCUGCGGUGGAAGCGGGUGGCGUGCGUGGGCACGCCAGCCCCUGACCUUCGCUUGGAGGAACUACGCGGAGAGGACGAGGACGAGGAGCAGAGAGACUACUUUGCCCACUCGCUGACGCUUCUCUAUCGCCAGCCACACGAGCUCCUCCGGGACAUGGAAGGGCCGCUGCUGGCCAGGUACGGGGGCUCGUUCUACAUGGGAGGCAACGUCUACGACAUGAUCUUCUCACCCGCGAUGUUCUUCUACAAAUUCGGCAAGGCCUCAUGGCACCGCGUGGAUCUUGUGGCCAAGGAGGGCGCCUGGGCUCCCAAGCGCCGUUCGUUCGCUUCGACACACCUCAUCAACAAGGGCACCCAGAUUCUGUUCUUUGGCGGGCAGUAUCGAAACAGGUUCUCGCUUCCGCUGGACGGCCACCCAGAGGGGUGGAAGUUCUACAACGACGCGUUCCUUUUCGACCUACGCCAGCUCGCAUGGAUACCGCUGGCCUGCAAGGGAACACCGCCCCACGGCCGGGUCGGUCACAGGUCUGUUGUCAUAGAGCGCAAGAUGUGGAUCUUCGGAGGCACGUACAUGGAUGCAGACUUCACCUACCACUAUUUUGACGACGUCUGGACGCUUGACUUGGACACGCUGCAAUGGACAAAGGAGCAGGUCACCGGAGAGGCCCCGCAAGCCCGACAGAGCCACUCGCUGUGCCGCAUUCCCAACACCACGCAAGCCCUUCUCUGGGGCGGCAACGCCGAGGUGCUCAGCUCCAAGCGGGACCUGAACGACUGCUACAUCCUCGACACCGCUGCCAAGACGUGGACAAAAGUGGAGUACGCCAACAAGGACUCGGACGCAAUAUGGGUGCUCAAUAUCGACCGUCGGGAGUGGCGGAAGCACGACGUCCCGCUCCAUCCCUCGGUCUUCGGCGACUUGCCGCAAGCCGAGCGCAGAAGCAUGCUCGAGCGGAGCGUCUCCUUCCAGGGCGCCGCCAUGGGCAUCGAGCAGAUCUACCUCUUUGGAGGUAUACCGCCGUCUUCAUCGUCAUCGUCGCGCAUGACCUCUUCAAGAUCUGACUUUGACUCAUCACCGUCCCUAUGA